CGGCGCCUGCGUACUUCGGACACCUAGAAUGGGGACAGUCUGGAGAUCGUUAUCGCCCCUCAGGAUGGUUGGGGUGUCUUCUCUGCGGGCUAUUUGCGGUCACUGAGGCACCACAGAAAUUUAAGUGAUUUUCCCAGAGUCACACAAUUGAUAACUGAGUUGGAAUUCAAACAGGAAUCUGUAACAGGCAAAAGUAUAUGAAAGUUAAAAAUCAAAGCUUUAUAUGAGAUUAGCUCCAGCCUACCUGUGUUCCCAAAGCAAGUUAAAAUUGUGGAGGUUGGCCCCCGAGAUGGUCUGCAAAAUGAAAAGAAUAUAAUACCUGCUCAUUUGAAAAUCAGGCUGAUCGACAUGCUGUCUGAGGCGGGACUCCCUGUCAUCGAGGCCACCAGCUUCGUGUCCCCCAAGUGGGUGCCCCAGAUGGCAGAUCACACGGAAGUCCUGAUGGGCAUCAAGAAGUUUCCUGGCAUCCACUACCCAGUCCUGACCCCCAAUCUCCAAGGCUUCCAGGCAGCGGUCGCUGCGGGGGCCAAAGAAGUGGCCAUCUUUGGGGCUGCCUCAGAGCUCUUCACCAAGAAGAACAUCAACUGCUCCAUCGACGAGAGCUUGGAGAAGUUUGAGAAAGUCCUGAGUGCGGCCAAAGGCUCUGGCGUCCGGGUGCGAGGGUACGUGUCCUGCGUGCUUGGAUGCCCGUAUGAAGGGAAAAUCUCCCCAGCCAAAGUAGCUGAGGUGUCUAAGAAGCUGUACUCAAUGGGCUGCUUUGAGAUCUCCCUGGGUGACACCAUUGGCGUGGGCACAGUGGUUGGCAUGAAGGACAUGCUGUCUGCUGUCAUGAAGGAGGUGCCGGUGAGUGCCCUGGCCGUCCAUUGCCACGACACCUAUGGACAAGCCCUCAGCAACAUCCUGAUGGCUCUUCAGAUGGGAGUGACUGUGGUGGAUUCGUCAGUGGCUGGGCUUGGGGGUUGUCCAUAUGCCAAGGGUGCAUCCGGAAAUGUGGCAACAGAAGACCUUCUAUAUAUGCUAAAUGGACUGGGGAUUGAGACAGGGGUGAGCCUUCCGAAGUUGUUGGAAGCUGGAAAUUUUAUCUGCAAAGCCUUGAAUAGAAAAAGCAGUUCCAAAGUGGCCCAGGCCACUUCUUGCUCUAAACUGUGACAUCCCCUCUUCUCCCGUCUUCCCCAGCAGACUGGGCUAGCCAGACCCCGGCAGCAGCCAAGAGCUAUCCCUCACUCAUAUUAAGGGACACACUAAUAAUAGCCCCAAAAUGGAAGUGCCCCAGCUAGGGGAGCCAUAGAAAAGGAAUUGGGAAGGGACCUCUUUAGGAAAUCAACUCAGUACACACGCCUGGAAGAACUUCCCCGAAGUAAGCUGAAUGAAUUGGGGCAGAGGAAGAAUCUCCAAAUUCUCCCCAUGAAGAAGCUUUGGAUCUAGAAGUUUUCCUGGUUCAUUUUCCAUCAUCUUUGAUGCUGAGAAGAUGGACAUCCUGAAGGUUGCUAAGAGAAGCCUUGGAACUCCUUCCUCAUAUCCUGCUAAUCUUGAGUUUUUUCUUGGCCCCCUCUCCCAAGAGCUCAGCCUCUCCACCCAAACCUUUGGUCACUAACACCCCCAUCUGUUACUGGGCCUAUACUGGGUAUAGGGCUUUGGUCCUGCUGAAAAUUAAAUCCUUCUUAAGAUUUCCUGAAAUGCUGCUGCCUGGUGCCAUCCUGCCAAUUCAGGACUGUGAUCCUAGAAACUCAAGUGCCAUUCUCUAUGUGGAAAUGAUUUCUAAAUGUAUAUCUCUAUAAUCAGUGUGAAUAAAAGAUAGAAUGACAAGCCUCAAGAA